CGAUCACCGAGUCUCAGCCGAAUCACAGCCCGAACUACACGACGUCAUUCACCUGUUGCUGUAGUUGACUGAUAUACGAAGGCAGGAUGGGUAAACUCAACAUCGCGCAUCACAAGUCGUACCAUCCCUAUCGGCUUGACAAUGUCGAGCGUGUGCGCCGGGAUGAGGAAGAGGCUCGGCAAAAAGAAGAGGGGGAGGAGGGCCGGAUGAUGCUUGCUGACUCCGAAGCACGCCUUGACAGGCUGCGCGAGCGCGCCGGCCUCAAGUCCUCUGGCAAAGCCAAAGAGCGCGAGAAGGAGGAUCUCGACUUCCUCAGCCGCCCUUCAACUUCCGCAGCUGUGACGACCUCAUCGCUCACCGGCUCGUCGGGGCACAUCAACUUCUUCGAGGACCUAGAGUCCCAAUCUCUCCUCCUCGCCGCUACCUCAAAGCUCAAGGACAAAGGGAAGGAGAGGGAGAGGGAGGAGGAGAAGGGUGUCCCUCUCGCUCCGAGUGCGAAGGACCUGCGGCCAUGGUAUGCCCAGCGGUCUGGAGAGGCGGAGGCUGAGCUGGCCAAGGGAUCGGAGUCAGGAGGGGGAGGAUCAGGCAAGGGAGGAAGCGGAAAAGACGAGGAGCGGAGUAGGUGGGGCACAGCGGAGGACAGGAAGAUGCGCGACAUGGCGAGCAAGACGAUGCACGACCCACUCACGACUAUCACUCACCAACUCAGUGCGUCCUCACGGACUCGGGCGCCUCCACAACCACAUCCUCUUUCGCGUUCCCAACCAUCACGUUCACGGAAUGGACAUAUGCCGCCUCCGUCUUCGAACGCUAGCGCCGCUGCACAGUCGACGUCGUCAUCCACCCCGCCCUCCGCAUCCGAAGCCCGUAUCGCUCGUGAAUCCUCGGAGCGCGAACGCGCGCGGGCUCUGAUCGCACGCAAGAAGGCAGAGUUGGCAGGGAGCAUGACACCCUCUUCAGUAGGCGGAGAUCUAGACGGGGGAUACCGUGACGUGUUCAAUCGCCAGGAGGUCGAGGAGGCGCACCGGUACCGUGGGCGAGGUACGCGGGACCGGGGAUGGGACGAUGAGCGGGCCACGAGGAGGGAGCGGGUUGGGUAGAGAGGCCGGCAGUGGUGAUACUCGCAAAAUUGAGCCGUAAAAAUCAGCGCCCUUUUACUGGUCGAAUCCUCCGGUAUUACAUUACAGCUCAUGAGCAUGUCGCUCAUAUCACCCUCGCCGUCCCGUCGUCCACUCGUCAAGACGGUGCCCUUCUGCAUGACAUUUGCCGUCCACACAUUGUUUCUAAUCCCCCGCCCGGAUCACAUUGAUUAUCACACACCCGUUUGCCCCGCGCGCUUAUAGAUGGAUUGCAUCCACAUCCGCGGUGGCCUUCUCUCUCGCUCAAGGGGGAAAGCAACAAGGGCGCUCGAAGGUCUAUUCUGCUGCUUAGCGGACUGCAGUACGCCUCAUCGAUACUAUCGGAUGUUAUUGGAGUGCAGUUUCUAAACUAUACUAUCAUUCGUCGCCCAUAAUGAUUUCUGGGCGUGCUGCACUCGCAGUCCAAAGAGACGGCAUAUCAGUUAGGCUCGGGCCAAGAGCGUCUUCUUCGUGCUUUUGUCGGAUAUCCAGCAUCAUCCAUGGUCC